AUGUCUCCAACACCGACAUCAGCCUCUGGUAGUGCUGCCACCACCAGCCCUAGCAGUGGCGGAGAUACUUCAGGUUCGAGUAAUGCAACAAGCUCGCCUUUGUUGUUUUUUGUCGCUCUCGGAUUUGGUGUUGUGUUCACAAACCUAUGGAUCAUUGUUGGGGUCAAAUACUGCUUUCGAUAUAACCAACGAAACCGCCAGCUCCGCAGCGAAGAAGUAGGAGAACCAAUAGACCUGACCACUAUGCCGCGGCCCAAUCGCAGGAGGAGGGAGAAAAGGCUCAUGACGAUGGAUGAAGUCAACGGGCGGUUUCCGCUUGUCAAGUAUAAGGUGUGGAGAUCGUCUCGCGCCAAUCAGGGUCUUUCGAUAGAAGGAGGUAUCAUAUCUCCGAAUAGCCGACCACAGAGCCUGAAGGACGCAAGUGAUAUCGUGACGACAGCGAUUGACACAGCUGCAGUGCCAUCGUCUACAGAGGGACAUGAACAAGUGGAUUCCAACGACACAUCCCGAAUUCUCCCCCGAAAGCUACAUAUCGACCCUCCUGCGCAGUCCGAGGAGAAAGUACUUGGAGUGACCGGAGUGGCUUCCACCCAGGAAAGCACUAGUGCGGAACGACAGGAAGCAAAGUGGCAGCGUUCGUUGGUUAAUGCAAACAUUGGCAUCGAUCUUGAAGGGGACCAUGGUGAUGGCGGUUACAUCCGCAAUGCUGUUCCUGCUGAUCUUCUCCCCAGCCCUGGCGAUUCUUGCGCGAUUUGUCUAGAUCUCAUUGAGGACGAUGAUGACAUUCGGGGACUUGAUUGUGGCCAUGCUUUCCAUGCAUCAUGUGUGGACCCUUGGCUGACAAGCCGAAGGGCAUGUUGCCCUCUGUGCAAGGCCGACUACUAUGUUCCCAAACCUCGCGCACAGGCUGAAGCACGCUCUGUCACAGAACGCCAAGGUCAUCUCACUGUUCUGGCUCACCCGGACACAAUUCCAAGACCUCCUAGAGUUGCUUGGAACGGAGGUCGGGUCAGUGGACUGCGAGUGCAGUUGGGUCUGCCUGUUCCAAUGGUCCAGUCGACACCUCCAGAAGAGAGCGAGAUUUCUCCAGUUCGGGAACGACAUCUACAAGGUGGACAUGAUCGACAUUGGGGCUUCCGCCAUUCCUCAGUUUCCUCAGGUCGAUCGACCUGGUCGCGGUUGAUUCCAAUGCGGCUCCGCCAGCUUUCCACACGUCGUUAUCUGUCGAGAGAAUCUGGCCGACCGACUACGGAUGGGGCUACAUCCUUGGACCCUCUGCCUUUAGACCAACGCACAGCUCGUCAGGUCGAAGCUGGUAUUACAUGA